AUGGAUUUGCAGCCUUCCGUGGCGGUGAGGACCCGAGCCGGCAGCAACGGCGGUGCUGCUGAGAGCUGGCCAGCUGCGUCCUCGGACAACUUUUUCGCUGGGGGAGGUGUUGGCUUUGGAAGGCAAGGACGACCGCUAGGAUGUAUUCAUGAUCAGGCUGUCAUCACAAAAGCCAAAGUGGAUUUCUCUGGUGUCCUGUGCCUGCCCCCUUCCGUCAUUGCUGGAAAUGGGCUGGACGGAGGAGGGGUUGGCGAAAAUGAAGAUGAAACACUCUCAGUGUCCCUUUCGGCUGCACCAAGCCCCCAAAGUGAAGCUGUUGCCAAUGAACUGCAGGAGCUCUCCUUGCAGCCCGAGCUGACUGUAGGCCUCCAUCCUGGCCGGAACCCUAAUCUUCCUCCUCUAAGUGAGAGGAAGAAUGUGCUACAGCUGAAGCUCCAGCAACGACGGACACGUGAAGAGCUGGUUAGUCAAGGGAUCAUGCCUCCUCUGAAAAGCCCAGCUGCUUUUCAUGAACAGAGAAGGAGUUUGGAACGGGCCAGGACAGAGGAUUACCUGAAACGGAAAAUCCGGUCCCGACCAGAGAGGUCAGAGUUGGUGAGGAUGCACAUUCUAGAAGGUACAGUCUUUUAGUGAUUUUUUUAAAUGCUGCAAACUACACAUUCAUUGUUCUCAUGUAUUACUUCUGUUCAUGUAGAAAUGAAUGGGAGGGAAAGUGGGCUAAUAAUUUUAGGGCCUGAGUACUUUAUAGUGUCAGCGCUUGCAAUAGCAUU